AUUAUGUUAAAAUCAAUAACAAGGAGAAGAAAAAAAUAUAUUUUCUUGGAUUACAUGAUUGUCUUAUUAACAUCACUCUACAUUCGAAUUCGAACUGUGGAUAUAGAUUUUUACAGUUCUCUUUAACCAAAUUACACUUGGUUAUUGACUAUCGUAUUUGGAUUGAUGUUUGCAAAAAUAGGUAUUUAUCAAUUAAUGGAUGAAAGGCAGGGUAUGGUGUAUCUUGAUAUGUUCAAUAAUGAAUAUAUCGAGUAUUUACUUCUUAAGCAACUCAAGUCAUGUAGUAUUUGUAUCAAGCAUAUAUAUAUUUACAUAUGAGAAUUUGAUUCUAUUAAUAUUUUGUCAUAGUUUGAAUGUGUUUAGAGAAAAAGCAUUUUAAGGUUUACUCUUUUGUUAUGCUUUUGGGAAGUAUUAAUUUAAAUUUAUUGAAGUUACCUGGAAUUAGCUCAAGUGUUUCUAAAUUUAAAAUAUUUAAAAUAUUUGUUAUUCAUACUAAUUAUCUCUCUCUCAGUGAUACGUUUAAAAUUCAAGUAAUUACCCUAAACUAAUUAUUUUAUUGUAAUAAAGCAUGUAUUCACAGUAAGGAUGGCAAUUACAUAAGCUAUUAUGAUACUCUUUAUUAUGUAGGUCAUAAUCAAUUUAAGAACUUUUUUAGAUAUGAUUGGCUCUUCUUCGACAAGAUAUUUUGCACUAAUUUUAUUUCCUUUAAUUUGUUUGGUUUUUUUCCAAUAUGAAAUUAUGCUUAAUGAGGGAUUUUUUCUCUCAAAUUUCACUUUGAGUAUAUUAUUACUAUUUGAUUAAUUUGCGAUAUUUUUUAUAGCAGCUGGAUUCCUUUGUCAUGCAUUAAUUAUACAGGUUUUUGCUGUAUUUUAUGUUUUUGAUUAAAUCGAUUCAAAAAUAUCACGAACAUACAAAAACUUAAAUUAUGAUAUCAUAGUUUUAAUCCAUUAUGCCAUCCUAAAGUACUUUUAUGCUCAUUAUGAUUCAUACGCAUAACACAAAAACAUCAUCUAAGUUUUAUCUGGCUUAAUAUCAAUAUUUUUAAUUAUCAGAGCUAGAAAUUUAUGUAGAUGCUUUUUCAAAAAUAAACAGAAUUAUUAUAAUAAUACUUAUGAUUAAUUUGAAAGUGCCAGAAAUGAUGAUACUGUUUUGUGA